AUGGCUUCGUUCUUUCGGGCCGUGUUGCCUCUGGCUGUGCUCGUUGGAUAUACCCUCGGCCAUCCUCAGGAUAUAGUACCCCGGGCCAACGUCGCCGUGUCCAAUACUGGGAGCUCAAUGACAUACGUCUUCCAAAACAACCUGAAUGCCUCGGAUGAUGUCAACCAUGUCGGCGCCAUCCUGCUUGACCCGAUGUUAGCAUCUGCUGGGUCCGCUGCUUGUCAGGCUUUGAGCGAGACACUUUUGACUCAAGCGACCAUUCAGAACUACAGCAGUGACUUCUCGUCUGCAUUAUCAUACCUGGCGUACUCGGGAAGGGUGUCUCCUAAUCAGGUGUAUCACAUUGCUGGUGGCAGUUUGCAGGUUUCCGGUCAAGCACAGCUCUCCUUCCCUGCAACACCACAAGGAAACACUUCUUUGCCCGUCCUUUGCACCCAAUCAAGCUCUGCAAGCCAGCCUCCAAACUCCACCGCAAACACUUCAAAUCAAGUGGUCGUUGCGGCAGCAGGCAACACCUAUAUGGGUUAUCGAAAUCAGAAAUCCUUUCGCUUCCUAGGCAUCAGAUACGCUGAUCCGCCACAGCGAUGGGUAUAUUCUCACAUGUACAGUGGAAGUGGCAAAAUGGUGAACGCUACUGCCUAUGGCGCCCAGUGUUCUCAGCCAUUCGUCAAUGGAACGAGUGAGGAUUGCUUGUUUCUCAACAUCCAGACCCCGUACAUUCCCAAAGCUGGAUCAUCCCAGAGACUUCGACCCGUCUUAUUUUGGAUUCAUGGAGGAGGGUUUACUGGCGGCACUGGAGCUGAUCCGCUCAGUGAUGGUGGUAACCUAGCCUCUCGAGAAGACAUUGUGGUCGUGACCAUCAACUAUCGGCUGUCAACGCUGGGCUUUCUGGCCAUUCCCGGCACCAACAUCAAAGGCAACUUUGGCAUUGGAGACCAGAUUGUCGCCUUGAACUGGACCGUACAGAACAUUGCCAGGUUCGGCGGAGAUCCAAACAAGAUUACUAUCAUGGGCGAAUCUGCUGGGGCCGGCUCAGUCCGAACUCUUCUCGGUAGUCCUCCUGCAAUCGGGCUGUUCCAGGGUGCCGUAGCUAUGUCCAACUUGGGUGGCGGAGUGACACUUGGCCUCGAGGGCAACUAUGGAACCACUUACUCGUCUUACUACACUGUCAAUGAAUCAUAUACAGUCGCCGGACCUCAAAUCUUCGACGCCUCAAACUGUACCCAACAAACAUUGACUGGCAAGAUCGCGUGUCUGAAGAAAGUCAAUGCCACGGAUCUGGUGAAUCUGGAGACCGUUGCCAGAUACGUCGUCCAGGACGGAACCAUUGUCAACUCCUCCGAACUCAACGUGGUCGAGAAGAAUGCUGGGAGCGCAUAUGUCCCGAUCAUGUUUGGCAAUGCUGCAAACGACGGCGCUUCUUUUUCCACGAUAUCUGCCAUUCCGGUGCACAACGAAACACAAGGGCUAAUGACCGGUCUGAGUAUCAAUGCCUCUUACGCACAAGCCAUCAUUCAGUCGGGCUUGUUUCCCUACUACAGCACCGGCAAUAUGACGUUCGAUUCCUUCAACGUGUCACAACGAGUCGCAACCGACACUACUUUCCGCUGCAUCGAUCAAGCAACAGUAUAUGCUGGUGCAGAGACUGGUGCGUUCCCUGCGGCAUAUUACUACGAGUUCGAACGCACGAUCAAUGGAUACAACCCCGAGAACGUCCCUGGCGCGCCGGUCACGCCGGGUUACCCUCACGGCAACCCGAACCUGCCUUAUUUCAAACUGCACGGCGCCGACAUGGACUGGGCAUUUGGCAACUUCUACGUGCCCCUGAGAGAUUCCAACGACCUCUAUUCCGUCCAGCUGGUCAGCGGGUACUUUGCGGAAUUCGUGAAAAGCGGACAGCCUAAUCCUCCAGUCCCCUACCUCCAGGCCAGGGGGUAUACCAAGACCUUGCAAGGCGUUCAGGCAUCAGGACCCUGGGAGAAAGUGUCCAAUGCCACUGGUCCCAUCAAGCAUCUGGACUACCCCGCGACGAGCGGUGCCUUUGUGGAUUUGCCGCAAUGUGCGUGGCUCAACUAUAGCAUAAGCUACUAUCUCGAGCAGUAG